AUGUAUUCACGUGAGCGCAAAGAACUGCAUGGGUUUAGUGAUGCAUCUCAAGAAGCAUACGGUGCUUGUGUGUAUGUAAAAACCACAGAUGAUCAUGGACAAGUUACUGUGUUGUUGUAUACGUCUAAGUCACGAGUUGCACCAACCAAGCAAACUACCAUUCCGAGACUAGAGUUGUGUGAAGCUGUAUUGCUGAUGGAAAUAAUGGUGGACGUAGUUGAUGAACUAACACGAAUGGACAUUCAAGUCAAUCAAUCGAAUGUAAUGUUGUGGACUGAUUCCACUAUAGUCCUAGCUUGGAUUAAAUCAAGUCAACCGUUAAAGUCUUAUGUUGCGAACAGAGUCGCUCGAAUUCUCGACCAUUCUGUUCAAUCUCAGUGGAAACACGGUCCAACCAACCAGAACCCGGCAGACAUAAUCUCCAGAGGGACAUCAGCGAUGGAAAUCAAAACCAACAUGUUAUGGUAG